GCGAUAAUAUAAUUAUUCAAAAUCUCAACGGGCACACUGAAAAUAUUACUCAUCACUCAUCAGUAAUGGAGCAUUGCAUUUCUCCUGAAUGUCCGACGACCGUCACAAUUCGCCGGAAUCCUCAUCGGAGAGCAAGACAAACCCCAUCAAACGCCGCCAUUAACGCUCCUUCUUCCAUAAAUUUGAAAGUCUCUAAUUUCCCCUUAAACGAUAUCUUAUCAAUAGAUCUCCAACAAAAUCAAAAUAAAAAUGAAAACCUUCCAAUUCCAUCUCCAAAACCCUCAAAUUCUCUCAACGUUUUUCUCCGAGUUCGCCCUCUCCCAAUUCCUCCCUCGAAAUCGACUCUGAAGAAACCCACUAAGAGGUGCCUCACUGUUAAUGAUUCUCACUCUGUCACGAUUUCUCCCCCAAUUUGCGAUUCCAACAGAUUGAAAUCCGAAGUUUACAACGGAUUUUGGCAUGUUUUCUCUUCAGAUUCUUCUCAGGUUGAGGUGUAUGAAAAGAUGAUGAAACCUUUAGUUGAGGAGUUUCUCAAUGGAAGAAGUGGGCUUUUGGCUGCUUUAGGGCCUAGUGGCUCUGGGAAAACUCACACCGUUUUCGGGUCUGCCAAAGAACCUGGUUUGCUGCCUCGUGCUCUUCGCCACAUCUUCGACCCUGAUGUGGGUAAACCAUCGUCCAUGGUGUCGAGGUCCGUUUAUAUAUCCAUAUUUGAAAUCUAUUCAGAGAAAGGAAAGGGAGAAAAGUUAUCAGAUUUGUCUCCAGAUGGAUCUUAUAUCUACAUGCAACAAUCAGUUGUUAAGGGCCUUAAAGAGAUUUUGGUCAAAGAUGUCGUACAAGCAGAAUCUGUUAUUGCCCAUGCAAAGUCAAAACGUGUCACUGCAAUGACUAACUCAAACAGUCAAUCCAGUCGCUCGCAAUGCAUAAUUAACAUUCGCUAUGCUGCUGAUGAGACUAAGGGGGAGAUGGAAUCUCUGCCUUGUGAAGCUGCAUUGACCUUUGUUGACCUUGCUGGUGCUGAAAGAGAGAAGAAAACUGGUAACAAGGGCGGGAAGCUACUUGAAAGUAACUUCAUCAACAAUACGUCAAUGGUUUUUGGGCUGUGUUUAAGAUCAUUAUUGGAGUAUCAGAAGAAUCCCAAGAAACCACUGCAGAAACACUUCCAGAGCUCACUGCUUACCAGGUAUUUACGAGAUUAUUUGGAAGGGCGGAAGCGUAUGGCUUUGAUUUUGAAUGUAAGAUCUGGGGAAGAAGACUAUUUUGAUACAUCUUUUCUGCUCAGACAAGCCUCACCAUAUACAGAAAUCAAGUUCUGUGAUUUGGAGGAAACAACUAAUUUACCCCGCAAGAAGAGGCGCCAUCAGAUCAUUAGCAUUGAGCAUCAGAAAAAAGCAAGGUUAAGCGGUACUGAUGGCAGGGAUGAUGUUGAAAUGACUAGUACAGAUUUCAAGAACAUCCACAAAGAAGAAGCUAAACCUAUAGACAUCUUGGUUGGAAACCAAAAAAAUCAUGUACCACAAAUGGAUGAAGAUUCACUUCCCAAAGUUGAUUGUCCUGAUUCAAACAUACAAAGGCAGUACGAUGUCAUGCAAGGUUUUGCCAAAGCUCUCUGGGUUGUCUUGAAGCAGUACAAGGAGAGAGUCAAGACCAUGCAAACAGAUAUUGAUGUUUUGACAGAGAAUCUUAAACGUGGAACUGCUCAAAAUCUGGUCUUGAAGAAGGAACUCCUCAAUUUAAAGUCACAAUGUUCAUGUCCGAAGAAAGCUCUUCAUGUGGCUAGUUGCUCCAUGGGAGGCACAAUUUCUGAAUCCAGGUUCAGUGAAGACGAGCUGAUUGUUAAUGACAAAAUGAUAUCUGCUAUUUCGAAGGUUGAGCUUCUGGAUUGUGCGUCAGAGCUAAAAAGUUUUCUUCCUGAUGAUGAGAGUCUUGACCCUACUGUCAUCUUGACACAGCCCUCUCACAAAGCUGACAUGUCUUCUCCUGAUAUUAAAAUGUCUUCACCACAAACUUCUAAGGUAAAGAAGUCACCAAAUGAAUGUGAAACUUCACAUGACAUGAGUAAAAGUGAUUGCCAUGCGAAGAAUCAAAUGGAAGUAAUUGAUAAAGAAUCCAUAGAUGCUACUGCUUGUUUGCCGAGGUCACAUGUCAUGGAUCUGAUAGAUGAAGGCGAAAGUUGUGGCUGUGACACACAAAACCAGAUGGAUAAAGAAAAUGUCACAAAUGGUCCAGGAAGCAAUUUUAGUUCCGAGCUUGAAUCAAGGGAAACUCACUCUAAACCUUCAAAAGCAAAGAGGCCUAAAAGGAGACUUAUGCCAGCUUCAUCAUUAUUGUUGAGGGAUGCUGGUGGCAUAGAUGUUACGGACGAGAAUGUGAAGCUCAGGCAUUUGCAGGGAGGUAAAGGUGGGCGAAAGCUGCUUGAAGAUGAUCAUAUAAGAAGCAACGGUAAUGCCUCUCUUCUGCGACUGCUGAAGAACCAUCUUUCUCGGUAGCAAUUGCUGAAUGUUGUAAGAAUGUAGCGUAAGCUAGUACAGAUGGAGCCAUCUUUUUUUUUUUUGUGGUGCUCCAGUGUGAUAUUUAACUGUUAUGGUCCAAAUGUAAUGUAAUUUUAUUUUUUGGCCGAGGACUUUCUUGUAUAUACUAGCAAUUGAGAGUUAUGGAGGAAGAUCUAAUGUUGGCGAAACUUAUAUUUAUGAGUUUGGAAUUCAGGAGCUAGAUUGAGAUUUGAUCA